GUUCUGUACGCGGAGGCCGCAAAGCUGCUGUUUGUUGGGUCUUGGGCGGGUUAUUGCGAGCUCUAGUAAGGACCAUAUAAAUCACUACUUGUACGGAGUGGUAACUACUCUCCUGUCCACUUCACGCCAUUUCGUAUUCGAAGGUCAACCUAUCUACAUACCACACGAAUCUCCGUCUCGCCUGCACCAUGGCACCCGGCUAUGAUUCUUUUGUCGAGGCCUUUCACGAUGCGUGCGAAGCCGUUGACCUGCCAAAAACCCAAGAAGCCCUCGCCAUCGGGUGACUCAACGCCGAGGACCUCGACCAUGGUCUUGAUCCCAACAGAAGCUACCGCAACGGCGAUCCUAUCAUGACUAGGUUUCUUCUGGACAAGGGUCUCGAUCCUAACGCAACCUCUGUCAAAUGGGGCAAUCCUUUACACCGUGCUAUCCACUAUACCAAGUCGAAUAUCGUCAAAUUAUUACUGGAUGCAGGCGUAGGUCCUACAGGACAAUCGGCUCAUCCACAAUACCGUGGCGGAAGCCCCUUACAAAUAGCUAAAUGCAUACGAU